AUGUAUUCUCUACAGGCGCUCCCCGUCUAUCUAUUGCUUGUUGUGGCGCAAGGAAUCACCUUCGCAGAAGCCAUUGCGACCCCAGGACCCUCACCAAAGCCGGCGGCUCAUCUUCCUCGUCUCGUCCGGCGUGCCCACGCGAGUGCAGUGCAGAAGACCCACUCCCUGGCUCGCGAUCUGCGAGUAGCCUUUGGAAGCGUUCUACCACGGUCUCUCGACGAGGGCAGCGCCAACAAGCGUGUUGUCUAUUGCAAAUCCAGCGGCAAACAACGUCCCUUUGAAGACAAAGGCAGUCAGAACAACAACCCAGGCGACGAUAACGAUGACCCUACCGACUCUUCUUCUACUCCAACUGGCAGUCAAGGCAGCGCAACGCGUAGCAGUACUUCCACGCGGACAAGGGCAAGCACGGACACUCCUAGCCAACCCACGCCUCAGAUACCCGAUUCACCCUGGCGGUUAACCAACUCAUAUGAGGGCAGGACAUUCUUUGAAGGUUGGGACUUCUUUACGACAGCCGACCCUACGCAUGGCAUUGUAGACUACAUCGAUGAAUCCGCGGGGAGGGAAGCAGGAAUCCUAGAAAUCAACGACCAAGGACACGCAAUCAUGCGAGUCGAAACUACUCCCACUGUCCCCGGAAACCGGAAAAGCAUACGAAUUACGACCCAACAUACAUUCGACCGAGGAGGUCUCGUCAUCAUGGACGCAACCCACAUGCCGGUCGGUUGCGGGACAUGGCCUGCGUUCUGGACAAAUGGACCUGACUGGCCCAACGGUGGCGAGAUAGAUAUUUUGGAGGGUGUCCACGAGUACAGCCACAAUCAAGCGACUUUACAUACGUCCACAGGCUGUACCAUCACCUCCACCAACUCGGACGUUCUUUCGAUCUCUGGAAGGGUCAUCCAUGGCACGAACUGCGAUGUUGGAGCUACCGGGAAUCAAGGAUGUGGAAUUCGGGCCAAUUCACCGCGCACAUACGGCCGAGGCUUCAAUGAGGGCGGCGGAGGUGUGUAUGCCAUGAAAUGGGACUCCACUGGAAUUGCCGUGUACUUCUUCCCGAGGGAGAGUAUCCCAGAAGACAUCACGGCAGAACAGCCGCAGCCUGACACUUGGGGCGCGGCACAGGCGAGGUGGCCUGCUGCAACUUGCGACCCGUUCAGAUUCUUUAGGCAACAACAUGCUAUCUUUGACACGACAUUGUGUGGCGACUGGGCAGGCGCCGUCUGGAAUGUUGGUGGUGUUCCGGGCCAAGAGGAGAGCUGUGCUGAGCGAACAGGAUUUUCCACUUGCGAGGCGUAUGUCAGGGCCAAUGGAGCAGCCUUUGCCGAAGCAUACUGGGAAGUUAGAAGCGUAAAGAUCUAUGCCGAACGAAACUAG